AUGCCACGAGCCACUAACUCAGACAUCGAUCAAGAUGAAGAUGCCUUCGUUCCACCAAUCGUUGAUGAAAUUUUAGAAUAUUCCCUCAAUCCCGGAACGAACGACCGUUUCUCGCUUGGAGAGGGAACCGAGGCUAUCAGGGGCUAUUUUGUCAGUGACCGUGCUGCUACUACAAGAUCCCUCGUCAAGGUGCAGGUUAAAAUGUCGCGGUUCAACCAUCUCAAGAAUGAGGACAAGAAUACUAGGUUUCAAGGCCACAUAAACCAGCACCAAAUGCCUGUGCUGAACGCGGACUUUGGGCAAGACUAUCGCUGGCUUGGAGCUAUUCGUGUAUUAUGUGACAAAACGAGUCAGAUUGACAGUUCAAGAACCAAGGAGUCGACUCCAAAGCAUAUGAUACUGCUUGUUCUCGACUUCGUCGCACUGCUGAAUGCUUUCAACACCGCUGACGCUGAGCUUAAUGAUCGCGAACAAGGCGAAUUCGACGAACUAGUGCACUCCCUCCAGAUAUUCAACAAGGCGAUUAAGACCAUUCGCGCAGAGGUGGUUCGUCGUGCGCCGAUAUUGUUUUGCACCCAACAGCUGGCAGGUUCAAACUUGGUCCGUCACAAUUUUGCCGAAGGUGACGAAAGCGAUGUUGUCGUUAUCGCUGAUGAGGACGGCCAAGCUCUUGAACCUGUCAGCUGGGUCCCGGUCAUUCUACCUCGUUGUGCCAACCGUAUAAGGGCUGUGCUGCGCUUCGGAGAUCGCUUACAGCUUCCACCCCUUGCACUCAGCGCAAAUACACCCUACAACGAGUUCGGCCCUCAGAUGAACCUUUCGCUCCUGGAUCGUCACUUGCGAAGCCAUCCACCCGCGGUUGCCUUGGAUAUCCAGUACAGAAUGCAUCCCGACUUGUCCUCCUUUCCCAACCAGUUCACCUACAAAGGGCAGCUGGAGGAUGAUCUCGGAUUCAAUGUUGUCGACAGCAUAUCGGAAAUCAAGGAGUCUAGUCAGUCGAAAUACAAUCAGGGUUAUGCGAACGUUGUGGAGGAUCUUCUCAAAGCUCUCUUUUCCAAGGAACCGUACCCCAAGUGCGACAUAAUCAUCCUGACACCAUAUGCGGCACAGCGAGCCUUGUACGAAUCCGCCAUCACCAGAUUGCACAUUUCGACCGGGCCAAGAGUGUUCGGUUGUAUUCUUGAUCUAGUUAUCGGUUCGACUGAUCCUCUUGGGUUCCUGAACGAUGAUCGCCGAAUCAAUGUCGCAAUAACUCGUUGUCGUUUCUCUCUCGUCACGAUCUUCCGUCAAAUUGAAUCCGCAAAUGUCGUGGAAGAAGAAGACGAAAACGAGAAUAGCAAGAAGAAGAAGAAGAAGGAUGUUGCAGAAGUUCACGCAUUCUGGAAGAGUCUCGUGUCGGCAAACCGGGUCAUCGAGAUCGAUGAGAAGAAAUCGGGUUCUGAGGAUCAAGGAGCUGCCAAUGUACAAGGUACAACUGAUCAAGAGAAUGCAGCUGGUGAAGAAGAUGGAAACGGUGGUUGGCGGGUGGCGGGACCAACUGUAAAGGGCGGCUGGGAGGAUUACGGUCUGGAGUGGAAGGAAGGGCAAUCGCAGUCACAGCCAGAGCCAGAGCAAAUGGAAUGGUGA